UCCGAAGCUCUUUCACCCAUGUCGCAUGCUAAUCCUAACUAUACUUGCCAUUGCCAACUUUCUUCACUCACCAACCAGAACAUGACUGAACUUCAGCAUGAGGACUUCACCGGCAUCAUUCUCCCAAAGCCGAAGCACAAAACUUAAAUUUCACUUCAUGCAAUUGCUCGACGCUGCCAAAACCAUUGAUCAUCUAAAACAAACACAUGCUCUCUUUCUCAAACUCCUCACGCAACAACUACCCCAUCAUUGCCAUUACUUCAUGGGUCGGCUGUUACACCGAGUUCUCCAUUUAACAAGUGAAAAAGCCAAUCUUUGCUAUGCCCACCAACUGUUUGACACUAUGCCAAACUGCCCCAAUAGUUUCCUUUGGACCUCCCUUAUACGUGCAUUCCUAUCCCAUCGGGACCAUCUUCGUCAUUGUAUUUCUACCUAUGCUAGAAUGCAUCAAAAUGGGGUUUUGCCAUCUGGGUUCACCUUCUCUUCGGUACUUAGCGCGUGUGGGCGAGUCCCUGCCGUGUUUGAAGGAAAACAAGUGCAUGCCAGGUUGGUGCAGUCUGGGUUUCUUGGAAACAAUAUUGUGCUAACUGCACUGCUCGACAUGUAUGGAAAAUUUGGCUGCAUAAGUGACGCACGUGAUGUGUUUGAUAGGAUGGAUGACAGGGAUGUUAUUGCUUGGACGGCAAUGAUUUGUGGGUAUGCCAAGGUAGGAAUGAUGGUUGAUGCACAGUGGCUCUUUGAUAACAUGGGGGAACGAAAUUCUUUUACUUGGACUACUAUGGUUGCUGGAUAUGCAAAUUGUGAAGACAUGAAAGCUGCAAAGGAAUUGUAUGAUGUCAUGAAUGACAAAAAUGAGGUCACUUGGGUUGCAAUGAUAGCAGGUUAUGGUAAAUUAGGUAAUGUGAGUGAAGCCAGAAGAGUAUUUGAUGGGAUACCUGUACCACAGGGUGCAUCAGCUUGUGCAGCAAUGCUUGCAUGUUAUGCACAGAAUGGAUAUGCAACGGAAGCUAUUGACAUGUAUAAGAAAAUGAUAGAUGCAAAGAUCCAAAUUACUGAGGUGGCAAUGGCGGCUGCUAUUUCAGCUUGUGCACAACUUAGGGACAUUAGAAUGUCAAACACACUUACUGACCAUCUUGAGGAGGAUUGCUGUGAUAGGACACAUAUUGUUUCCAAUGCGUUGAUCAAUAUGCACUCAAAAUGUGGAAAUAUAAACUUAGCAUUGAGCGAAUUCAGUACGAUGAGAUACAGGGAUAUGUAUACCUACAGUGCAAUGAUCGCAGCCUUUGCUGAGCAUGGGAAAUCACAAGAAGCUAUAGACCUUUUCUUAAAGAUGCAAAAGGAAGGAUUAAAGCCAAACCAAGUCACAUUCAUUGGUGUCCUCAAUGCAUGUGCCUCUUCAGGUCAUAUUGAAGAUGGUUGUAGGUUUUUUCAGAUUAUGACUGGUGUAUUUGGUAUUGAGCCCUUACCUGAGCACUAUACUUGCAUAGUUGAUCUCCUUGGGAGGGCUGGGCAACUAGAAAGGGCAUACAAUAUAAUAAAGGAGAAUGUAACCAGUACUGAUGCAACAACUUGGGGUUCUUUGUUGGCAGCUUGCAGACUUUAUGGUAAUGUGGAACUGGGUGAGAUUGUAGCCCAACAUCUCUUUGAGAUUGACCCUGAGGAUCCUGGAAAUUAUGUGCUUCUAGCAAACAUUUAUGCAUCAAAGGGUCAAUGGGAGCGCGCACAACAGGUUAUGAAGUUGAUUAGUGAAAAGGGAAUGAAAAAGCCUUCAGGGUAUAGUUCGAUUCAGUGAGUGAUCAAGGAACAGUGUAAAGAAGAAGCACUUUGAUUGUUAAUUUCAGCCAGUAUAUCCUCUUUCAAUCAAUAUAAUGAUGUUCUCCUGAUCACUUGUAUACUGGCCAGCAUUGAAGGUUUUUAGUAAUCAUGGGAUGGGUUUAAAUUUCCAGCUUUAUUUUCUGGGCCAUGCACGUAUAUAAGAUAUCAAUAUCAUCAUGUAAGGCAUUAAGCAAGGCUGUUAAUCCAUCUUAUAACAGGAACGAGCUUCACAUGACUGUCUUGGGGUUGUAUUGUGCUCAUGGUACAGAAGUUAAGUUCUCUACUAUGCAGAAUUAGCAUGCCGGGGAUGAGGAUGGGAAUGAGGGAUUAUAGAAUUUUGUCACGAAAAGGGGACUCCGUGCGGGACAUACUCUAAAGAUAUCAUGGGCACUGGAGGAGACAGGAUCCAACAUUACUAGGAUUUACAGUUAUUGUUUUGGAGGGAGAUGGUGCUGUGGGGAGCUUUUAUUUGGUUGCUUUGACUUAUAACUAUCAACAAACGGAUAAAGAUGAUUCACAAGGGGUAGAGGACAAUAGGGUUAUGUUAUAACCCAAUGUGGACAUGAACGGAACUGUAAAGGGCUGGGAGUACUCAAAACUUAUUAGGAAAAACUCAAGGCUGGAUGUAGAAAUAAAGCCAAAACUCACAUUUUAAGAUAGUACUUACUAUAUUUUCACACGCCCAACUUAAUAGUAUUGGACAUGAAUGGAGUAUUGAAAAACUCGAAUCCUAUAUUUCUAAUUUUGAGUAUUGAAAAAUACUUAUUUUGUAUGCAUUCAUAAUCUCUAACAGAGAUUAGUCACUGUUUACUUAGUGGAUAAUUUUUACCAAUUCGAUGGUUACUCAAAAUUCAACAUUUUAAAAGACAUAUCAGCUAUUCUAAGUGAUGAUUGACAACCGCAAAGUUAUUAUACAG